AUGGCGCCCCAGGACUAUGACGACGACGACUUUGUCGACCAGUACGACGAAGACCUCGGAGAGGAAGAGGACGAGCUGAGCCCCGAAGACAAGAUCGCAAUGCAGAAAGGAACGGAAGAAGUGCGCAAGGCCCUUGGAGAAGAAGCGAGCAAGGUCACAGUUGCGCAAAUACAAGAGGCGCUCUGGCAUUACUACUACGACAUCGACAAGUCCGUUGCCUACUUGACGAGGACAUUCAUUGCGCCACCUCCAAAGCCAGCACCAAAAGCAGCGCAGAAGCCGGCGCCGAAAAAGGCACCAGAAGGUAAGAAUGGCGCGCUCUCUUUCUUUGCUAGCGGAGCUUCUUUUAAGCCUCGGAUCCCCCCAAACUUCUUCGACGACAUGCCCUGGCUGAACAUACCGCGGGAUCGAGAAACCACAUUCAUUGAGCCGCCACGGCUUUGCGGCGGGCUCUUGGGAGGCACUGGCUCCGCUCCCAAGGUAUCGAAGUUGCAAGCCCUAGCUGCCAUGCGGAAGAGAAAGAUUGAAGAGAAGAAGGCGCAAGAAAACCCCGAUUCCUUAGAGGGCGAAGUGACAAAACUUGCGCUUUCUGAUGCGAAUCAAGAAAACACGGGCACCAAGUCGAAGAUUCAGCGUCGCAACUCGAGCACAGAUUCUUCUCCUCCACAGGAACAGCCACAGAAACAGGGGCAAAACAUACCAACAGCCUCCACCGACAAUUCUCUAGGGGAACGUGUGACCUUGCCAACUGCCACUGAGUCCAAAACCGACCACAUCAUACCUCAAGCGCCAAAGCCGGUCAUGAGUCGGAGUCAUGCUCCAUCUGCAUUCGCCCAGGCGCUUUUCGAAUCAGAUUCAGAGGCAGACCAGCGGCACAGGAGGGAUGUCUUUGCAAUGCCCUACACCCAAUCAUCUCUAUUCGUUGCGUCGGUCUUCUCAGAGCCCAGCCCAGACGACAUUGUGCUCGCAGCCCGGGCAAAAGCCACGCCAAAGACUCCCAAGAAGUCACAGAAGAACGAGGAAACAUCAAAAGACGGCGCACUCGCGGGUGGUGUUGCAAACCUCAAGGUCACCGACAGCCCACCGCCUAAGAGCAAAGGCAUCGAUGUCAUCAAGGAGUUUGAGCAGAGCGCUAGCAAGAAGCACGCAAGUUUCGUCGUCGUUGGCCACGUUGAUGCUGGCAAGAGUACACUCAUGGGCCGGCUUCUUUUGGAGCUCAAACUUGUGCAAGAGCGCACAGUGGACAAAUACCGCCGGCAAGCCGAGAAGAUGGGGAAGACGUCGUUUGCACUGGCAUGGGUCUUUGAUCAGAGAAGCGAGGAGAGAGACCGGGGUGUCACAAUUGACAUCGCCACGAACCAUUUUGAAACCGACUCGACGAACUUUACCAUUCUGGAUGCCCCAGGUCAUCGGGACUUUGUGCCCAAUAUGAUCGCUGGUGCCAGUCAGGCUGAUUUUGCCGUCUUGGUGAUUGACGCCAGCACUGGAGCCUACGAAAAGGGGCUGAAGGGGCAGACCAAGGAGCAUGUCUUGCUCCUGCGAAGCUUGGGCGUGCAGCGAAUAGUCGUUGCCGUGAACAAGCUCGAGGCAGUCGGGUGGUCACAGGAGAGGUUCCAAGAAAUAUCAGAGGAAAUCUCUGGCUUCUUGACCGGCCUCGGAUUUCAAGAAAAGUCCAUCAAGUUUAUCCCCAUCUCGGGACUGAAUGGAGAUAAUAUCGUCAAGAGGUCAGAGGACGAGGCUUGCAGUUGGUACACAGGGCCUACUUUGAUAGAGGGCCUAGAGGCAUCUGUACCAUCUACCGUGCGAUCUCUGCAGAAGCCUUUCCGGAUGGCGAUUUCAGAAAUCUUCCGCUCGCAGCAAGGAACUACGACACUUGCCGGCCGCAUCGACUCUGGCACGAUUCAGGUGGGCGAUGCUCUGUUGGUACAGCCUAGCGGGGAGUCGGCGCACGUCAGGUCCAUCAUGCUUGAUACGGAGACCAGGGAUUGGGCUGUAGCUGGUCAGAACGUGAGCAUUGGCUUGGCGGGCAUCGACCCCGUUCACGUCAAGGUUGGCGACAUUGUCUGCCACACAAAGGAUCCCAUCAACGUUGGCGACACAUUUACCAUGAAGGCCAUGGCAUUCGCCCACCUGAUGCCCAUGCCGGUGGAUCUCCACCGCGGCAGGCUUCACGCAGCAGGUCAGAUCCAGUCAAUAGCGGCUUUGCUCGACAAGGCCACGGGAGAGGUGAUCAAGAAGAAGCCCAAGGUGGUGCAGCCAGGGUCAGUUGCUCGCGUUUUGAUCAAAUUGGACACCAAGGUGCCUUUGGAGGCCGGACAGCGGGUUGUGAUCCGAACUGGAGGAGAAACCAUUGCCGCUGGCUUGUUAGAAUAA